UACAAUCGCUACCUAUAUCGUCCACCUAAUUUGAUUCCUGUCUUUUCCACGCUCACUACUGCGCCAUUCACAAUCGAAAGCUCUUCACCACACUCACAACUACACUCAGAGUAUUCUAGUAAUCUCCAUCGGUUGCUCGUCAUUUCUCUUCUGUCAACAGUCUCGUACUACUCGAUACGGCCGUAACCUUUCGUCAACGUCGCCAAAAUGAAGUUCUCUCUCGCUGCCGUUAGCGCCUUCGUGGCUUACGCUCUCGCUAAGCCCGCCAUCACCAACACUGACUUCAACAUCCAAGAGGGCGUCGAUUAUACCCUUAAGUGGAAGGAUGCCACUGCUCCCAUCACCAUCACCUUGAUGACUGGCCCUAAUGCGGAUCAUAUGACUCCCUUCAAGACUAUUGCUUCCGGCGUCACCGGUGACUCGUACACCUGGACUCCUGAGGAUGUUCCUUCCGGCACUUAUGCCUUCAAGAUCGCCGAUGGUGACUCCAAGGCGGACGAGAACUACAGUGUCCGCUUUCCCUAUGUUGGCAGUGCCGCGGCCACUACCGGCGCUUCGAGCACCCUGAGCACUGUCACCAAGACCAGCACCUCGACCAUGGUCUCCUCCACUGUUGAGUCGAGCACCAUUGUAUCAAGCUCCGCUGCCUCCAGCACUGAUGCUAGCAGCACCGUCACCUCUGUCGCUUCUUCCGCUGCCACCACCACCACCACCACCACCAGCAGCACCCAUGCCGCUAGUUCUACCGCUUCUGCCCCUACCAACAGCCCCCCCAACACCAACAAUGCUGAGCGUUUCGCUUCUCCUCUAGCGCUCAUCCUCGGAACCGUCGCCGCCCUCGUCUUCUUUAACUAGGAAGCCUACAAUUAUGUAAACGAAGGGAACCACAACACUUUUUGAUGUGGUUCUCGUACAUAAUUUCUUCUUUCUUGUCGGAGCAACCUGUUUAUAACUGAGCUUCAACGCCUCAGCUGCUCCAAACGACUGAAUACCUUCCAAAGUUCGCUUUUGGAAAUUUGGAGAUAAUCAUAUUCUUGGAGUUGGCUUGGUAGUUUACUGACGGAAAAUCUGGGCGCUUUGUGAUGGCUUAAUGAAAGGAUGGAUAUGAGCGGGUGGAGAGCUAUUGCGGCAAAAGUGUGGCUAUGGACUGUAAUACCCCGAUGAUGGAUGAUGAAGCUGCUUAAUGCAUAAUUUCUUUUACUAGGCCUAUCAUUGAUGAGUCUUACCACCUCUUGUGGAUGAAUCCCACGGGUUGGGCUCUGGGCGACCAACCCACGGCGUAAGCAAUUGAAGUCGCCAGUUUGUUCAAACAUAACCAUUAAUAUCCCUUUACGUACCUGCCUGGUGUUAUUGUUGUUCUUGUAACCGCACCAUUUGGUGCCCGGUCAAAUUCACAUUCCCCAGCUUCAA